CUGCCCCGGAACGUGUAUUCAUCCCGCUGUGGUCAUCAUCCGGGAUUGCGCUGCAAUAAAACUUUCCUCCAUCUGCUUUGACAUCUCGUCGACUCCCGCGUCCUACUAAAGCAAAUAACGAGGACAUUAUUCAAUCGCUAUUAGGUCUACCUACAGAACGAUUAUUUAUCAGGCUCGCGUGUGUUCUUGUUUUAGUGUUCCAUACCGAAACCUAGGAUUAGCUAGAUGACAAUUCGUUUUCCAAGGCACCCAAAGCGGUAGCCUGAUGCUAUGAGGGUGUUUUGACACAUCAAAGUGACGCGUGUGAUAUUAGUUGUUUAUCAGCAACAGGAAUCAAGGAUAUUCGUGAUGCAGUUUGUUACGUUUGAAGGCGGUUACGUUGAAACAAUGUAUCAGAAUGGCAUCACGUCUCGUGCCUGGGAAGCGAAUUGAUGAUGGAUUGUUGUUACAUUGUAGCUACCCGAUUGAAAAUAGUUGACUUGUUUUCGCGUGUUAUUGGUGAGCUAUUUUUCCAUUACGUGGAGAUGGUGAUGAUAUUUUUCCAGCGUGCCCUUCAUCGUCAUCAUUCGGCUCCUCUGUUCCCUUUUUGAAUUUCUUCGGGGCUGACACGUAUGCUACAGUUAGGACUUUAUCACAGAAUACACAAACAUGGGAACUCAGAUUACUGGCAGUGGAAGAAAAAGAAUCCCCAACAGGGAGAGACUGACCGCGGAGGACGAUGCCCUCAGUCAAAUUGCUCGAGAGGCUGAGGCGAGACUGGCAGCGAAGCGGGCGGCCAGAGCAGAGGCACGGGAGAUACGCAUGAAGGAACUGGAGAGACAGCAGAAAGAGGUGACACACACACACCUCUGCACGGUGAAAUACUAUGGUCUGGACAACAAAUGGGGCCACAUUGAGCAGUGGAUGGAGGAGAGUGAGAGGUACUCCUCCCGUCCUUCACGGAGACACACGUCGAUCUCAGACGAUGAGGAACGGAUGUCGGUGGGGAGCCGAGGAAGCCUUAGGAAAAACUUCUCAUCUGAUCUGUACUGCAGCUCCAACAGUCUCCCCUCCCUCAGACAUCAAAAUUCCACUCAAAAUGGCCGGCCCUCCAUGCUCUUUAUUGAUGGCCCACGCACCCAGAGUCACAGGGGCUCUGUGUGUGACGAGGCUGUGCAGAGUAGCACACGGCGCUUUAGUGGCUCCAUCUCUCGCGGUCCUUCAGACUACAGUGGUUUUCUGGGCUCCAACUCUCGGGCCUCGUCCAGGGCCAGCUCUGCCCGUGCCAGCCCAGUGGUGGAGGAGAGGUCAGACAGGGACUUCCUGGAAAAGGGUUCCAGGACUGCCUCUACCCUCUCAGCAGCCACUCUAGCAUCGCUGGGCGGGCCCUCCUCUCGCAGAGGCAGCUGUGACACCUCUAUCUCAGUAGAGACAGAGGCCUCCAUUCGAGAGAUAAAGGACUCCCUGGUGGAGUCUGAGGAGAAGUACCGUAAGGCCAUGGUGUCCAACGCCCAGCUACACAACGAGAAGUCCAACCUCAUGUACCAGGUGGACACGCUGAAGGACUCGCUCAUUGAGCUGGAGGAGCAGCUGUACGAGUCUAAACGAGAGUACAACGACAAGGCCAAGGAGUUUGAGAGGGAGAGACACGCCCACAGUGUUCUGCAGCGCCAGUUUAACGAGAUGAGAGAGACGCUGAAACAGAGUGAAGAACUGCUAACCGAGGUGGGCCAGCUCCGUCUCAAACGGGACAGCUGUGUUAGGGAGAUCUCCGACCUGCAGGAGACCCUCGGAUGGAAGGAGAAAAAGAUUGGGGCCUUAGAGAGGCAGAGGGAAUUCUCAGACGCCGGCGCGCGGGAUGAGCGGGAUAAGCUCAGGGAUCAGGUGGUCCACCUCAAAGACACUCUGAAGAAAAAUGGGAUAGUGCUGUCACCUGAAGUAACCACCAAUGGGGAUGCAGGACAGAUGAUUGACGGGCCUCUCAGUGCAGACUCUACCUCCCGAUUGGCUCAGCCAUCUCAUGGUGGGGAGAGCAUGCUUGAAGUCAGACUGAGGAAAAUAGUUGAUGAGAGGGAGAGUUUAGCUGAUCAGGUGAAGAGGCUGAAGUCUCAGCUGGAGGGGAAACAGAGGAACGGGACAGAGGGUUUGAGUCCUGAGGAGGACGGACUUGAGAACGGCAUGGACCCCCACAUCCUCGACUUACAGAGGGAUGCCAACCGGCAAAUCAGUGACCUCAAGUUUAAACUGGUGAAAUCAGAACAGGAAGUCACAGCCCUGGAACAGAAUAUCAUCCGGUUGGAGGGUCAGGUGACUCGUUACAAGUCGGCCUCUGAGAGCGCAGAGAAAGUAGAGGACGAGCUCAAAGUGGAGAAACGCAAGCUACAGAGAGAACUGAGGUCUGCCCUGGACAGGAUUGAUGAGCUGGAGGCCAGUAACAGCCACCUGGCCAAGCGCCUGGAGAAGAUGAAGGCUAAUCGGAGCGCCCUAUUGGCCCAGCAGUGAUGUACUUAUUGGUUGUCAUGGCUAUUUGCAUCUCUGACCUCCCUAUGACCUUUGAACUUUGAUAUAUCAGGCAUUGUAUUAACACACACCCAGAAAAUUCAAACCAAGCGAGGACUUGCUGGAGCAAAAGCUUCAAUGAAACAUAUCCACACAUAUUGUAAUCCCAGAUUCAUUCAGUGUUGUGCCCAUCUGUACAGUAUAUCCAGUGAUUCACCAAGAGACACAGAGGGAACGUGUUACUGACCCUGGGAACACUCCUCACUGACUGUGACCGAGGCUGGACUCCUCAACUAACUUGUGAAGGGGGAAUAUUCUGCACAAACGGACAGCAAAGAGGACCUAUCCUCCUCCAAUAGCUCUUAAGAGGACCUGUCCUCCUAUAGCUCUUACGUCGCCCUGUGCCAUGAUUACCCCUAAAGCAUUUCUUCCCAUUAAUCUCUCUCUGUUCUCUGUAACACGUGGCACUAUCUCUCUGUGCUACUUGGGGUCCAUGUCUGCUCCAGCAAGUUUAUCCAUCCAGAGGAAGAAAGACUAAAAAGGAGUGUGUUUCAUGUAUAAUCUUCUUUUAAUGUCAAUAUAUUUUGAAGUGAAAAUGGACUCUGCUCCCUCCUGUCCCCCAAGCCAAAGUCUGAUGUUAAUGUGUAAGGUGAUGUUUAUUUUUAUGUUGUAUAUGUGUGUUUCUCGAUAGGUAUAUGUCAAGUACAUCAGAUGGGUGGAAAUACACGUGGCACAAUAUUAACUAAGCAAUAAGGCCCGAGGAGGUGUGGUAUAUGGCCAACAUACCACGGCUAAGAGCUAUUUGUUGGCCAAAUAUCACAAACCCCGAGGUGCCUUAUUGCUAUUAUUAACGGGUUACCAACGUAAUUAGAGUAGUAAAAAUACAUGUUUUGUCAUAACCGUGGUAUACAACGGCUGUCAGCCAAUCAGCUUUCAGGGCUCGAACCACCCAGUUUAUAAUCAGGAUUAUCCUAUUCAUCUCAUUGUUUGUGCCACGUGAUGAAAAUUAUACUGGUACUUGAGGAAAAAUAUCACCAGCUUUUAACGUCUGAAAUACUAUGUCCUCUCUUGAGCAAUUUAAACGAGUCAUUGGGGAACGACAAUCAGUUGAAUAAUGUACUUCUACUGCAACAGUUGUGGAACGUAUCACAUCGGCUGUCGCAGUAACACCUGAUGUAAAUGUUCGACAAUCUGACAAACCAGAUCAUGCAGAUAAAAACAUCAGUUAUAUUCCGACAUAACGGGAAGUGUUCCCUUAUUAUCCUGCUCCUCAGUCUCAAGCAUGUCAUGCCUUUAUUGAGGGGGAAGAAAGCAUUGUUGUUCACUUGUGUUUUGUGCAUUACGUUUCCCCUCCUACCCUCUAUACUUUAGUUGAGCUCGGACAUCUACUUUUUGGGGAAGUUACAUCUGUUUACAUGCUUUAAAACUAUUGUUAUUUGUCCAUGAAUGAAGCUAAUUGUAAACAUUGUGCAAUAUUGGAAAUGUCUUUGGGAAGGUGAGGCUGUAUGGUCCUUGCUUUACUUGAGAAAUGUAGAGGAUGUUUGAGGUAGCAUUGACAUGCACCACAUUAAACUAAUGCAAACUCUCUGCUAAAACAUUA